CCAGGGUCCAGGUGAAAACACUGCAGUUUAACUUGACCUGCAAUUUUUUUGAAUAUGUGGUAUUCUUGGACAGUGUUUUAUUUUCUUAUCCCAAUUUGCCUGAGUGGACCAGUGCUUGAUGGUCCCUAUGGGAAGGAUUUGUUGGCAUGCAGAGAAAACUGGUUGGCAGUGAGCAAAUCUCCGAGAAGGCUGGAGGACUGUGCCACGAAAUUUUUCUUCGCAGUCAAACCACACAUGCAAUCUUCCAGAGGAAUUCCUGAAUUGAACAUUCCAUCAGUUAAUCCCUUGGCACUGGAUGAAUACAGAAUGGGAACUGAUGCUUCCUUGCAAGGGACUUUGAAAGAAUUCAAAAUUUACAACAUCACUGACAGCUUCAUACCGGAAAGAGUCAAAUUUUCGUACGAUGAGCAGAAUAAAGUGAUGUCUUUGAACAUUUUCGCUCCAUUGAUCACUGGGUCAAGCGUUUAUGACAUGACCAUUAAUUUCGGCUCCCUUUUGGGCCAAGCGGAGGCUUUUGAAGGACUGAGAACAACUGGAUCGUCCUUCGUUACGAUUGAGGACGCAGAUGUGAAAUUGAAGGUGCAUUUCAGAACCAAAAAGAAUGGCGAACUUGCGGUUUCCAAGUCAGAUUGCGAUCUUGAUGUGAGAUCGGCUAACAUGAGAUUCAAAUCUGACAAGCCUGAUGAUCCUGUCGGAAUUAUGCUGAAUAAUUUGGCGAAAGGAGAAAUUGGCCGAGUCCUCGUUUUGGAUACGUCUCCUCCACUCAGCAAGCAAUUGGCACUCAUUUCGACUGGACUGAUUUUCCUUCUGGUGACAGUUUCCUUGGAAUGCAAAGGAGCUUCAGUUAUUGGACCAAAAAUUGAAGGAGCUCAAGAAAUAAAAAUCGACAGCAUUGGAAGUUUGGAAAACCAAUUCUUCCCUCAUCGAAUCUAUGAAGAAUCCAGCAUUGAAUCAAGACAAGAAUCGAAUGUGAAGGAAAUUCCAGAAGCGUUGAAGGUUAAUAUUGAGGAGAACAGGCUCGACCAAACUGUGAACGACAAGGGAAGAACUAUUUACAACGUCAUGGGAAUCAGGAAUGAAGGCCCCCAGGGCACAUUUGUCAUGGAAGACAUCUAUGCUUUCCUGGAGCGAAUUUGGAACCCUCUCACUGAAAACCUGCUCCAGCCUCUGUUCCAGUUCCUCCAGCUGCUUGUCCUGGCUCCAUUUUUUGCCAGACGUGCCCCAGACACAAUCAACUAUGCUCCAAAUCCUCUCCAGCGAUUUAAUCAGGACUAUAUUGAUGAAUACCCAACGGUCAUUGGCACAGUGAGACAAACUGAGUUGCAGGAAAGCACUCAGGAAGCACAGGAGUCACAGAGUAGUGUUGCCAACUGGGCCAGGGUGGCCACUGGAUUGGUAGCACUGGAAGCGAGGCAAGAUGAUGAACCAGAUGUCGCUGGAAACGUUGCAACUCUUUUCAACACAAUGAGCAUGUUUUUAGCUUCUGUUUCGGAGCUCAUACAGUUGAUAAACGACAUUGCCACGAUUCCGGAAAAUUUCCGCCCGAAUUCAACUGAGGCCAACACAGAGCUGCCAUUUGUGAUCAUAGAGACUGAAGACCUUGUGCAGGAAACCUCAACUGUUACAACGAAAAAACCCAUCGAGCACAUGAAUAUUGGAGGGCUUUCGGUGGACUACAUUUCGGAUUCCCAGGUGAUUUAUGAAGACGAUGGCAACGCUUUCCAACCACACAACGCCGAAAAAGAUGCACAACCCGAUAUUGAACUGGAUUGCACAGUCAAAGUGGACGAAUAUGGGUUUUUCGUCUUCUGGAAAUCCGAAGGAAAGGAAGGACAAUCAGUGGAACUUACUCACGUGAGCGAUGUUAAAAUCGGCAUCCCAGCAAAGGAUUCCAGACUUGCAAACCAGCUUUCGUCCAGAAAUGAGGCCUACGAAUCCAAGAACGUGUCCCUGACUUACGGCUUUGAUUUCGUCAAUCUGAGUGCUGUAAAUUUCGUCACGAAAUCAGCGGAAGAAGCCAAAUUUUGGAAGGAACAGCUCCUGACUCUGGCGCACAACUCCAAAGUCAGCCACGUCUGUCCACUUCUUGCCCUGAAAAAACAUUGGAUGAGACUUCGGAUGUCCUGCGACCCGGAUGGAAAAAUCCCAGUCAGAGCAGUGUCGAAAACGUUUGCGUCGGGAAAAACGGAGAAGUUGGUGUAUCAAACAUUGUCAGACCUCGGAUUACCUUCGGAUAAAAACGAUGGAAUCCCGCCAGACGACUUUACAUUCGAAAAGUUCCACAAAAUCUACGGGACCAUUUGCCCUCGAAAUGACAUCGAAGAACUCUUCAGAUCUAUAUCCGACGGAAAAGAAACCAUCACCUUGGCCCAGUUCGUCGAAUUCAUGAAUGAGAAGCAACGAGAUCCGAGGUUGAACGAAAUUUUGUAUCCGUUGUACAGCGAAAAAAGAGCCAGAGAAAUCAUUGCAGAUUAUGAAGAAGAAGAGGAACUGAAGGCCAAAGAUGAACUGAGCAAAGCUGGAUUGAUCAAGUACUUGAUGUCGGACGAAAACGCUCCAGUUUUUCUUGACAAACUUGACAUUUACAUGGACAUGGAUCAGCCCAUGUCUCAUUAUUACAUCAAUUCGUCUCACAACACUUACCUGAUUGGGAGACAAUUUGGAGCCAAGUCUUCGACUGAAAUUUACCGCCAAGUUCUCUUAUCUGGAUGCAGGUGUGUUGAGUUGGAUGCCUGGGAUGGCAAAGGACAAGAUGAGGAGCCAAUUGUUACUCAUGGCAAAGCUAUGUGCACUGAAGUUUUGUUCAAGGAUUGCAUCCAAGCCAUUGCAGAAACUGCAUUUGUGGAAUCAGACUACCCAGUCAUUCUCUCUUUUGAAAACCACUGCUGCCUGAAUCAGCAGUACAAACUUGCAAAAUAUUGUGAGGAAUAUUUUGGGGACCAUCUGCUGAAGCAACCACUUCCUAGUAACCCUCUUGAAAAAGGAGUUCCAUUACCUUCACCAAAUCAACUGAAAAGAAAAAUCCUGAUCAAGAACAAGAGACUCAAUCCUGAGGUUGAGAAGCAGGAGCUGGAACUUUGGCAGGCUGGUCAACUGAAAGUUGAUGAAGUUAAAGAAGAUGCUGGUGAUGUCAAUGCACCAUCUGACAAGGAUGCUGGAGCAGAAGCUUCGGGCAAAGCAGAUCCAGUCCCUGGAGCCAAUUACUCUGGUUCAUCUGCAGUUUGUCACCCAUAUCUAUCCACAAUGAUCAGUUAUUGCCAGGCUAGCAAAUUCCAGGGAUUUGAUGUUGCAGAAAAAAAUGACAUCCAUUACAAAAUGUCUUCCUUUGCUGAGUCUGCUGGUCUUGGGUACCUGAAAUCCCAAGCAAUUGAAUUUGUCAAUUACAACAAAAGGCAAUUCAGCAGAAUCUACCCAAAAGGAACCAGGGCUGAUUCUUCCAAUUACCUUCCCCAGAUCUUCUGGAAUGCUGGUUGUCAAAUGGUGUCACUGAAUUUCCAAACCAGUGAUCUACCAAUGCAGCUGAACCAAGGAAAAUUUGAAUACAAUGGAAACUGUGGCUACUUGCUGAAACCUGAUUUCAUGAGGAGGCCUGACAGGACUUUCGAUCCGUUUGCUGAAACUCCAGUAGAUGGUGUGAUUGCAGCCAGGUGUUCUGUUCAGGUUGUUCUGCCAGAUUUGGCAGUUCUAAGAUUCGGAGUUUAUGAUGAAAAUGGCAAACUUCUUGGCCAAAGAAUCUUGCCUUUGGAUGGACUUCAAGCAGGUUACAGACAUAUUCCACUCAGAACAGAAUCCAACUGUCCAUUAUCACUUCCUAUGCUCUUCUGCAACAUUGAUCUCAAGAUUUACAUCCCUGAGGGCCUUGGAGAUUUCAUGGAUGCCCUGAGUGACCCCAGGGCAUUUUUGUCAGCCCAGGAGAAGAGGACACAGCAGAUGAAGGCCAUGGGCAUUGAAGAGUCUGACAUUUCUACUGCUGACUUGAAAUUGGGCCAGUCAAGCAGUGAAGGAGGGAAAGUAACUGGGCAACAAUCAAAACCAGAUGAAAUGACUUUUGAGCAACUAACAGCUCUUACAUUUGCGGAAGACAAGACCUACGCUAAGCUAAUAAAGAAGCAAACCAAAGAAUUGGAGGCCAUGCAAAAACGCCAGACAAAAGAGAGAGCAGCAUUGCAAAAAACACAAAAUGCUGCCUAUGAAAAAAUGGCCAAGAGUUGCAAAAACAAAGAGAAGGCACAUGAAGAUGAGUCAUUCUGUGAGCUAAUCAAGUCUCAUAUAGAACGUUGGACUGAAAUGUGCGAAUCUCACCAGAAUGAGGAAAGCAGCCUGAAGCAAGCUCAUGUCAAGCAACAAGAAGAGGCCCUUAUCAAGCUCUUCGAAAUUGCGCAAAUUGGGCAAAUGAAGCAACUUGAGGUCAAGCAUGACAAAGAUAACAAAGAAAUGAGAGCACGUCAAGCCAAAGUUUCUGUAGAAACAGCCAAGGAAGUGGCGAAUGACAAGGGCAUGAAGAAUAAAGCUGAAAAGGACAGAUUGAUGAAAGAAAGGACAGCCAAUAACACCAAGAAAUUCAUUGAAGAACGCAAAACUGCAGCCAUUCAGCAAGACAAGGAAAAGACAAAGCUUGAGAAAACUCACAAAGAGCAGGUUGAAAAGGUCCAAGUGGAAAAGAAACAGGACCUCACAUUCUAUUCAUUUUCUCAAAUGGAGAGAGACAUGGAACCGCAAUAUCUGUUUUACAUGUGAUUAUAUCAUUCAAGGGAACCAAAGAAAGUCCUGUGAGCCAUUUCCCAAUGAACCCUGACGCCAUCAAUAUUCACCAUCACUUGAACAAGUAUGCAAGAAUAAAAUUGAAGCAUUCAUAUUGA